AUGUAUAGGCGACAGGUGCAUCUCCGGUACAACAUGGCCUGCUGCGACGUUUGCGAUAAAAUAAUGGAAUGUUUUACAAAUGGAUACCAAGCACUCACCAAUCUGGAAUCCAACGAAAAUCUGUCGUACGAAGGAAUAAAAGAAGAUCUCGACAACAUUAGUUCUGACUGGGAAGAUCUCGAAAAAGAGACGUUGUCCACAUUAAAAGAAACCAUGGAAUGUUUCACUCAGUUCACGGAAAAUGAACCGAAAGAAUCAGAAGUUGAGACAAUUUUGACAAUAACCAAGCUGCUUGAAGAGAAAUUUCGCACUCUGUUGACAAGGUAAGGACACCAGCCAUGCGGUAUUAACUUUAAAGAAGACUUUCAAUGCCCCACCUGUUGACUGGAAGCUUAUCUGUACACGAGUAAUUAGGAAGUCACAGAUUUUAUUAGACUUUCAUAUUUUCAGAGGUGCUGUUAUAUAAGCUGAAGACGAAAAAGUCGAAAAUUAAUAAUCGUCAAAAAAUCUUAACAGCUGUGGAUUACUGACCAAGAAUGUUUAAAAUCCGGUUAAACUACACUGAAAGGUGUUUCGAUGAUAAAGUUAUACAACAACUUACGGGGUAAUUUUAAUCAUUUGCCAAUUAGUUUUUACGCAUACGUAACCCUACUCGAAUAAUAAAAUUUCUGUGCAGUUGGUUUAAAUUUUUCUAACUUUUCUCACCAGUGGUUCCUAGUCUGACCUGAUGACUUGCCAAUAUGCGUUGUCAGUCAAUUAAGUAAAGUUUUGUUCCAGAUAAAGGUUCCCAGCCAACAAAAAUUUAGCCUUUCAGAGUGUAACCAAAUUUGUAUGAUAUAAUCAGUUCUCUGUAGCUUUUAUUCUUCACUCCAUGAAAGCAUAUUUCUUCACAUGUUCAUAUUUUAGAAUUCUGUACUCUGGUCUACACUUAAAGGAUUCAUCGACAUCAAUUCGCGUAAAAAUUCGAUGAUCUACACUCAAUCUACACACUUGAUCAGAUCCACGACUCCAAACGACUACACAGUUCUAAGACUCUCGUACAAAGCUCAGUUUUCAGAUCACGUGACGAGUUUUCCCGCCACAAUGACGCAAUAAUUUCUAACACAGAGAAUGAAACAUCGAAAAAUUAGUAAACGAUGACUCAUCUGACUCCAUUCUCGGCCAUUCGAUUUGCUCCAUGUCAGUCUAUGAUCGAGGAACAAUUUGUCCGAAUGUGUCCACUAAUAAGUAAUAUUAGUAAAAUCCAACUACUGGUCUAUUAUGAAUGCUGCGUUCUGAUUGGUUGAGCUACUACUAGCUAUAUGUUACAGCCCACUAGUAGCGAAAAGCGCCGGCUUUUUGGCGGCAAAAAAGGAUUAAAGUCUAGCUUUAAGUAGUUAAAACGUUUUUAUUCUCGGUAUUUUUGACCAACUAGUUGGAUUUUACUAAAACAAUUAUUCCUCUCGCCCUUAUGGCCUCUGAGUUAAUAUUGAGCCCAUUCGGCCUUCGGCCUCAUGGGCUAUUGGCUCAAAGCCCAUUUGGGCUCUUUCAGGCAUAAAAAGAUUGGAGCGCGAGCAAAUAUAUAUCCUAGUCUUGUUGAAGAAUACUCCGAGACAAUAAAAAACAACACGGAAGACGAGCCUGGAUUUUGUCGAUACUCUUAGGACUAAUCCUUGGUGGAGUCAUAGCGUGGAUGGCAUGGAACAGCCAGAUUCUUCCUGCAGUUUUUGGUGUUCUGAUCGGGGGAGGUGCAUUAUUGAUAAUUGGCGGGUUGGUUUACUUCAUUUUUGCUGCUGUCGCCGAAAGGCGGGUCAGGAAAUGGAAACAACUACAGCAAGGAGUGUCGCACUUGCAAGAUACGGCUAAAUUUAUCCUCAGGAAAGCUCAGGAA